GAGGCCGGGCGAAACCAUUCAUCCGGGCAACACUCCGAUUGGAAAAUAUGUGAAGAUUAAUGAACCCUGCUCGGCAUCUAGAUUCGGAUUUCAAAGAGGAUUAAGGGCGUGUAUCUGAAUUAGAUGGUACGAUUACAAAUAUGGGUAAUUUAGGAUUGGAUUAGCCUCUUAAUCACACGGUCAUCGGCGCUGAACCCCCCCACACCGCUGCGAGUAAACAGCCAUACGGGCAAUUGGGAUGCGGGGAUGAUUUUUGGUGACGCUGCGAUGGGUACCUGCGAAGAUACCGAAAUUCAAACAAUAAUGAGGAUCCGAUUUGAUUUCACGUUGCUUUAGUCGUUUUUACCGCUUCUUUGUUGACAUUUGUGGCCAUGAUUUUCCUGCGGAGGCUCGUGCAGCUGUUGGUGUUGCUGAUCCAGAGCGGAUGGUGGGGGGUUACAGCGAGCCCCACAGAUGAAGGAGCACUCCGGGCCGGCCACGGGGAGCACGGAGAGCCGGGACAUCAGGAGCCUCACAAGGACUCCUACAGCACCUUCGCCUCCGAGUUCCUGGAGUCCAGAUAUCUGUCCGAUGACGGUUAUCCAUUCCCCACCGCCCCACCAGUGGAUCCCUUUGCCAAGAUCAAGGUCAGCGACUGUGGAGUAACCAAAGGCUGCAUAAGAUAUGGGAAGCCAGGGUGUGAUGCAGAAACAUGUGACUACUUUCUGAGUUAUCGUCGCAUCGGGACAGAUGUGGAGUAUGAGAUGAGUGCAGACACAGAUGGCUGGGUGGCCGUAGGUUUCUCCUCUGACAAAAAAAUGGGAGGAGACGAUGUCAUGGGCUGUGUCCAUGACGAUAAUGGACGUGUACGGAUUCAUCACUUCUACAAUGUUGGCCAAUGGGCUAAGGAAAUAAAGAGGAACCCUGCUAGAGACGAAGAGGGCAUUUUUGAGAACAACCGGGUGACCUGCCGUUUCAAACGUCCGUUAUAUGUCCCUAGAGAGGAGACACUUGUGGACUUACACCUGUCAUGGUAUUACCUGUUUGCAUGGGGACCUGCCAUACAAGGUUCCAUCACGAGGCAUGACAUCGACAAUCCACCUGUCAGCGACCGCAUGAUCAGCAUCUAUAAGUAUGAGGACCUCUUCAUGCCUUCCACAGCCUACCAGACCUUCAACUCUCCCCUCUGCUUACUGCUCAUAGUAGCCCUCACCUUCUACUUACUAAUGGGAACACCAUAAUGAAGCACAGCAGAGCACAUAGUGGAAAAAAGAGGGAUGAGAAGAUGAAGCAGCAAUAAAAAAAAAGUUGUCUGAUGCCACAUUCAAGUGUGCGCUUUGCACAAAGAGACACUGUAUUAGAUAUAGUAAACACGAUAGAGAGUAUAUACGAUACGAUACAAUACGAUACAACUUUAUUGUCAGCCAAGGCUGAAAUUCUUUGUCCAUCCCUGGGUAGCUCGUAUAAAAAAGAGGACAUACACAUACAUACAAACGUACAUGAGAUUAAUAACACCAACAGACAUACAUGAAACAUUACCACAAAUGACAUAAACUUCCAAGUAGGAAAACAAAGAAAACAUGUAUAACAACAGAAAAUGACACACACAGACAAUGUCUUGGAUUGUCUUGGAUUGAUAUAUUAAUUACUCUGAACUCAUACAGAGGAUCUUGACAAUUAAUAAUACUAUAUUGUAGAGUUGUCAUGUACUGGUGUCAGUACAAAACAAGAGGUCUGAUAGUGUUAUAAUAAAAUAGGCCAAUUAUUUUCAGUAUUUAUGAUAGCUUCCAAGUAUUUAAAAAAUACUACUACACAUGACAAUAAAGAAAUCUCAAAAGUCUUCAAAAUACUGCAUGCACUGGGAAAUCUGGAAAUGAUUUCCAAAACCCGCUGUUCACCGGUGAUGAGAAGACAGUGCCUCAUGUUGAACUUGGCUAAAACGCAAAGGUUUUUUGAGGACAAAAGAAAACAAGCAGCUCAAAGCCGUUUGCACACACUCUUCCUGUCCCUUUACCCUUUUAUGUUUAUAUGGACAUCAAGCUUUGCAAAAACAAAAGAUACAAUAUUUGUUGUUCGUACUAUCACAAAAUAUAGUUUCCAAGCUUUUAGAGACUGCCUACAGUACAAUAUGCAUUUACCAUACAAUAGAUUUUCAUUAACUUUUUCUUUGGCACUCAAACACUUGGCUCAUCUCACUUUUCCUCAAUUUCCUUUUUUAGAUCGUUUCCCCUUUCUCAACCACAGUAGCUGUUGGGUUUGUUUAUCAGUAUAGACAGAAAGAGACUGCUAUAUGAGUUACUGUUGCAAGCAAUAACACACUGAACAGGAGCAACCUGUGGAUUGAAGAACUGUUUGCCUUGGACAUGGACUAUUUUUUCCCCUGGGCUGUUAUUGCAGCCUUUUGAUCUGUAUUAAAAAUUGAUUGAUACGUUAAAACGCCUCCAACUGAAACAAUAUGCCAUGGUUGUGUUUAUUAUCAAUAAGCCUGUGAAGAAAUAACAAUAUAAAAUACACAAGACAGUACAUAUCUUGCUGUACAUGAACAGACAGCUAUGUCAGUCAAACAGUAUAAGGCCACCACAGGAGAUGAUAUUAAUAGAAAUAAAAUAUAUAUAUAUUUAAGUCCCUAGCUACCAUUGAGGACACUGAUGUCAAGUCCUCUGUAUUUUGAUAAUGCACAUGCUGUAGCAACCUGGUACUAUGUGUAACUUUAGAUUUUGGUGCAAAUCAGGUGUGGAAAUAGUCUUCCAGGGUGACAUCAGUGACUACCCCAACUUAUACUUAUAAUAUAUUCAACCAUGAAUGUUGUUUCGAAGGGCCUGCUUCCUUGGUUUCCAUGCACAAAUUGUAUGCAACAUUUACAUAACACACAAUGACCUGUUAAUAAAAAUGUAGUAUAUAGGCUGUAACCAUAA